CAUCGAUGCGUCGCUGUCACAGUCCCCUGGUACAAAAUGUACACCGACCACUGCCCCCCCCCCCCCUACACAGACCUUCAGGCCACGCUUCCACCCCCUCCGUAUGAAAGACGCCGUGCCAACCGAUUAUGCACAACCCCUGCCAGGUUACGUCCUUCCCCCCCCCACUCCUCCUCCCCGUUGCCAGCACAUUGCUCCCUGGACAGAAUCUCCCAUCUUCUUCUUCUUCACUCUGCUGUCCGGAUACUGAACUGCCUCCCUGAUGAACACACUGUCGGCCAAUUCACCGAUCCAAGUCGCCAGGUCUUCAAUUGCCCCGAGCUCACACACGGGACAUCUCCUAACUUCACUACGCACCUUGUAGACGUUCACUUGAAGCACCACGGGCUCGCACCCACGCCACCACCGCCAAUGUGCGAGGACUUCUGGUGGUCGACGGGCAAGCUGGAGGAGAUGGUGGAGCUGUACCGUGGCAACCCGUGCCUGUACGACGCCCUGCUGCCCGACUACCACGUCAAGCGGAAGAGGCAGAGGGCUCUGCGGGACAUUGCGCAGCGACUCGGGACUACCGAGGACGAAGUCUCGAGAAAAAUCAGAAACCUCCGCACAGUCUACUCGAAGAAGAAGAGAGAGGGCAAAAGCAGGCUCGGCGGAGACACCGGCUGCGACGCGUCCAGGCAGACCUGGUGGCUACUGCCGCGUCUGGAAUUCCUUGACGACUUUGUCUGCCCCAAGAAGACUGUCUCCAAUGUCUCCUCCUCCUCCAGCUUGCAGGUGGAACGCGUCGACAACCAGAGCAGUCACGACAGGGGGGAGAAGAAACGGGACGGGGAUAGAGCUGACCCACCAACCCCUUCCGCAAACAUCACGGACAUCACACACUCCAUGGACACCUCCACGCACAGCGCUGAAUGUACACCCCGGAGGCCACAAUACCCAAAGCCGAGGUGCAGAGACAAAGGGAAUGCCGUCGCAGCAGGAGGCAGUCAGCUGAUGGAAUCGGCCAUGAGGUGCCUGGAGGCGCACUCCGCCCGACUGAUGAAGGAGGACGACGAAUACGAUGUGUUUGGACGCUUCAUCGCCAAUGAGCUACGCUCCCUGCCGGAGACUGAGCGUAGGCGUUUGAAAUACAAACUCCUUGCAGCACUUCGAGACGCGCAGUCCCCCGCAGCACCGCGGAUAUGUGCCUCCCACGCGGGGCACGCCGCCAACGCGACCCGGUCACCCACACCUAGCUCACCGUGAAUAUCGUCAUCCUCGUCAUCAUUGGCCAUGAUCAAUCCACUAUUGGAUGAUAGCCCCCCCCCCCCCCCCAAGCUCUCGCCAUCUCUCACGAGUCCGCGAUGCAACAAUCCAACUGGUGAAGAGGGGGUCCCUUUAUAAUCGUGCGCACGAUGGCAGCAAAUAUAUUCAGGAGCUCGAUGCCAGAUGUCGAGGUCUGUUCGCCACAAGAGGUUUUCAGGAGAGUUUGUGGUUUUGCUGUUCCGCCUCCGUUGAAGGAGCGCAGGCUACAAUGGUGGUCCAUAGUUUUGGUUUGCAUAGCCACGACGACCGCACUCCCGUGGCUUGUCUUUCAUUCUCCAUCCAUGAAGGAGAUGUGUGCAUUGGCCUGUUGAUGUCGUGAUGCGGUUGAUGGUUCCAUCGGUGUCUUCCAGGAAUGUCAAAUCCAGGAGGUGCUCGAUGUUUGGGUCUCGAAUGAGGAGGUGUUUAUUCUGGACGUCACGCGUUGUUCCACUCUGUUCGCCAGCGGUUUUUUUCGGAUCUGCGUGAGAUUCUAUGAUGGUGACAGCGAUCCCAGAUGGUCAGAUUGCGACUUUAUUUUUGCGGACGAGGAAUGUUGUUAGUAAUAAUAUUUUCAUUUUCGCAUAACCCUGUACAUUAAUUCUAUAUAAUGACCAAAUCCCAUCUACAGCCGCUACCAAGCAAAUGAAAACCCUACUACCACUAACUAAAAUCUAAAAUUAAUAACCAAAUAAAGAAUUGGCACCAAAACAAAAGGGACAAACAACAAACAAGUUAUCGCAACAACUGAGAAAUUAGUCCAUGAGGUCUCCUGCACAUCCCAGACCACAGUCUCAACUUCCCAACCAAGCCAGGAAACCUUGACGGGGGGGGGGGGGGGGGGGCGGCAGUGGUGGGGUGCCAUGAAGUUACGACUCACUUAUACCCAUUGGUCCAAUGUCCAAAAUAUCAUUACCAACUUUUCAGCGUAUGCGUGGAUGAAUGAAAAUACCUUUAGUUCAGAUUUGAAUAAUAAUAAUAAUAUGAUGGAGUCGAUAGUUGGUAAUUGGAGGCCUUUAGCGUCCAUAUACUAAAUUCCUCUGUUGAUAUUUAAACUUUGACUUUAACACAGCUAUUUCUGUCACAAGCUAAUC